AUAUUUAAAAUAAAUCCCCAAACAGAACAAUAUUUAAAAAAAAUAGCACUAAAUUUGGGUGUGCAAUCUCUUUCCUUCAAAGAAAUUUUAGAACCAAAUUUCAUGAUAUAAAUACCCUUAAAAAUUCCCAAUAAUUUCAAACAAAAUCUCUCUCUCUCUCUCUCUCUAAAAAGCUAGAAGGAGAGAGAAAAAAGAGUUUAAAUUUCUUGAAAAGCUUCAUUCAUCAAUGGAAGAGGAAGUGGGCUUAGGAGGGGAAAUAGGGCCAUUUUGGGAGCAAAGCACAGCCCCUGUGAUAGCCCCUUUGUUGAAGCUUUGUGUGGGAGGUUGUCUGGCCAUGUCCCUAAUGCUCUUCUUUGAGAGGCUUUAUAUGGGUGUUGUCAUUCUCUUUCUUAAGCUCUUUGCAACAAACCCUCACAACACUUAUAAGUGGGAGCCCAUUCGAGAUGAUCUUGAGCUUGCCCAUUUUGUUUAUCCCAUGGUUUUGGUCCAAAUUCCAAUGUACAAUGAAAGCGAGGUUUAUCGAUUAUCUAUUGGAGCAGCAUGUGGACUUUCAUGGCCAUCUGAUAGGAUCAUCAUUCAAGUUCUUGAUGAUUCUACUGAUCCUUCUAUCAAGGAUCUGGUGGAAUUAGAGUGCAAAAGAUGGGCAAGCAAAGGGAUAAACAUAAAGUACGAGAUCCGAGACAGCAGAAAUGGGUACAAAGCAGGGGCUCUAAAAGAGGGAAUGAAGCAUAAUUACGUUAAGCUCUGUGAUUACGUCGCUAUUUUCGACGCCGAUUUCCAACCAGAGCCUGAUUUCCUUUGGCGUACCAUUCCAUUUCUUACGAACAAUCCUGAGAUUGCUCUUGUUCAAGCUCGCUGGAAGUUUGUGAACUCAGAUGAAUGUUUAAUGACGAGAAUGCAAGAGAUGUCAUUGGAUUAUCAUUUCACAGUGGAGCAAGAGGUGGGGUCUGCAACUUAUGGCUUCUUUGGGUUCAAUGGCACAGCUGGUGUUUGGAGAAUUGCUGCACUGAAGGAGGCUGGAGGAUGGAAGGAUCGAACCACGGUAGAAGAUAUGGAUUUGGCUGUUCGAGCUAGCCUAAAAGGCUGGAAGUUUGUCUAUGUUGGAGACCUCAAGGUGAAGAAUGAAUUGCCUAGUACCUUCAAAGCUUACCAAUAUCAGCAACACCGAUGGUCUUGUGGCCCGGCGAACCUCUUCAAAAAGAUGGUUGUUGAAAUCAUGAGGAACAAGAAAGUCUCCCUGUGGAAAAAGCUUUACCUGAUCUACAGCUUCUUCUUUGUUCGGAAGAUCGUCGCCCAUAUUGUCACGUUUGUAUUUUAUUGUGUUGUUUUGCCAGCUACCGUCUUGGUUCCUGAAGUAUCGGUACCAAAAUGGGGUGCCGUUUAUAUUCCUUCUAUGAUCACCCUCCUAAAUGCAGUCGGAACACCAAGAUCAUUCCACCUGAUCAUUUUCUGGAUCCUUUUCGAGAAUGUCAUGUCGCUGCACCGAACAAAGGCAACAUUCAUCGGUCUGUUGGAAGCAGGGAGAGUAAAUGAAUGGGUCGUCACCGAGAAAUUGGGAGAUGCACUAAAGACUAAACUAGGUUCCAAAACUCCCUGGAAACCUCAGUUUAGAUUCGGAGAAAGACUCCAUCUGCUUGAGCUUUGUGUUGGAGCCUAUCUCUUCUUCUGCGGCUGCUAUGAUCUCAACUUCGGGAAGAACCGAUACUUCAUCUACCUCUUCCUUCAGUCAUUUGCUUUCUUCAUCGCCGGGGUCGGUUACAUCGGAACUCUGGUUCCCAACUCUUAGCAGAUUCAUAUGCUCAACCCUGCUCAAUUAUUUAUACCACCCAUUGCCUCCCUAUGUGCUGCAAAAAGAAAAUGGUGGAAUGAAGAAUCAUCUAGGGAAGCUUUUCCCUUUCUUUAACUUAUUAUAUACAUAUUUUUUGGGGAGAGAGCUUUAUUUGUUUCAGUUUGGUACAACAAAAGAUUGUUCUUUUUGAAGGAGAGUGUUCAUUGAAAGUUGUUGUGUUGAUAAGAGGUUACUGCAAGAAGUCUGUUGUAUACAGUUUGAAUUGAUACCAGAAAAUGAAAAGAGAAACAAAACUAAGAAUUUUCAA